GGCUAUGCAAGGGGCGGUGUAAUGGAUCGGAAUUACCGGGCGGUAAAAUUUACAUCAUAAGAAACGAUUACAAUAAGAAAAAUACCAGACGCUCUUAUGAUACGAAAAUACCUCUGGGUAGGGGUUAAAUGACCUGGUUAAAUGACCAAGUUGUUAUGAUACUUUUUUAACAACAUGCUCCUAUGAUACGGGCUCUGAAGUAAAAAUAGCUAUAAUCCAGUUCUUUUCUACACUUUUUAGAAUACCUAGCUACAAUAUACAUAGUAAACAAAUCAGAAAUUACCUUAUAAUAUUCUGGUGACAAAUCCCAUCCUUCUUUUUAUUUGCUCUAAGCUUGUUAAGUUCUCGGCUGAUCCUGAAUCUGGCUGGCACCAACACCUUAAUAUGACUGAGAAUAAUCAUGUAUAUUACUAUAUUUUAGAAAAAUUCUCACUAAAUGAUGAAGCUUAUUUAUCCAAAAAAUUAUUUUUCUUUUGUUAUUAUGUUGGUAAGUGUUCUUAUUGUGUCAAGAUCAAUUGUUGAAGCACGUCCAAAAUUUUGCGGACUCGGAGGUCAAUCAUCAAGAGAAUUCAGAAGACAGCAUGUAAAUUUUUAA